AUGAAUAAUGCCUUUUCAUAUACCUUGAGAAAUGACCCUGAUACUGAUAAAGGAAUUCUUGAACUCCCAGCUGUGUUCAAGGUUAACUCGCCAAAUUAUCCCAUCAUCCCAUGCGCCUUUCGUUCCUUUUUUUCUAGCAGAUUUUUUUCCACUUUGUAA